AUUCUCUAAUCCAGGAGCUCAGUGUUGCCUAUAACUGCUCCAUGAUGAAGAAGAGGAGAGCAGAAGAACAGGCUCUGGGUGUACCAGUCAACAAGAGGAAAUCCCUGCUGAUGAAGCCUCGGCACUACAGCCCAGACACAGACUGCAAAGGAGACAGAGACGACAGGACUGAGAAUGACAGCCUCUUGGAAACAGGAGAUCACUCUGCCUCAGAAGGAAUCCUAAUAAAACCUGCGGAUGAGAACCUUAAUUCUACUGCUCCAGAAAAUGACUCCCUGAAGGAAGAUCCAUAUGUUUGUUAUCAAGAGCUCAUGGUCAAGUCUUUAAUGCACUUGGGGAAAAUUGAAAAGAAUGUGUCUGUACAGACUAUCAGUGAAAACUUAAAUGACAGUGGCAUCCAAUCUUUAAAAGCAGAGAAUGAUGAAGCAGAUGAGUGCUUUAUGAUUCAUUCAGAUGAUGGAAGAGAUAAACUCAACUGUUCCCAGACACCAUUCUGUUCCUCCGAUGACAGUGAAAGUAACUCUGAAAGUGCAGAGAAUGGAUGGGACAGCGGCUCUAGCCUGUCAGAAGAUGCCAGACCUCACAGCGGCCCAAAAUACAUGUGUGAUUCUGACGCAGACAAGAGAGACCUACAGAAUGCUCAUGUGGAGCCCUUGGACAGCAAAGCCCACUCGUCCUUCCCUGAGAUUGAGGAAGAAGAUGGUGAGAGCCUAGUCACCACAACUGAAGAACCUCAUGACCUGGAAAAGGCCAAGGGGAACCUAAGUUUGCUGGAACAGGCAAUUGCUCUGCAAGCCGAGCAAGGCUGUGUUUUCCAUAACACCUACAAAGAGCUGGACAAGUUUCUCCUGGACCACCUAGCAGGAGAAAGGAGGCAAACCAAAGUUAUUGACAUGGGUGGAAGACAAACCUUUAACAACAAACAUUCACCGAGGCCUGAAAAGAGAGAGACCAAGUGCCCCAUCCCUGGGUGCGAUGGCACAGGGCAUGUGACGGGGCUCUACCCCCACCACCGCAGCCUUUCAGGGUGCCCCCAUAAAGUGCGGGUUCCCCUGGAAAUUCUUGCCAUGCAUGAAAACGUGCUCAAGUGUCCCACCCCAGGAUGCACAGGAAGGGGGCAUGUGAACAGUAACCGCAACACACACAGGAGUCUUUCUGGCUGUCCAAUUGCGGCAGCUGAAAAACUGGCAAUGUCCCAGGAUAAAAGUCAUCUUGAUUCUUCCCAAACUGGGCAGUGUCCUGACCAGGUGGCCCACAGGACAAACUUGAUGAAGCAAAUUGAACUCAAUUUCCGAUCCCAAGCCAUCACCUCUCCCAGAGCUACCAUGUCGAAAGAACAAGAGAAAUUUGGAAAAGUUCCAUUUGAUUAUGCCAGCUUUGAUGCCCAAGUUUUUGGUAAACGUCCUCUCAUCCAAUCUGGACAAGGUCGAAAAACACCACCAUAUCCUGAAUCAAAGCAUUUUUCAAAUCCAGUGAAAUUUUCUAAUCGACUGCCUAGUGCAGGCGCCCACACACAGAGCCCAAGCCGUGCCAGCUCUUAUAGCUACGGUCAAUGCAGUGAAGACACCCACAUAGCAGCAGCUGCUGCCAUCCUGAACCUUUCCACCCGCUGCAGGGAAGCCGCAGACAUCCUCUCCAACAAACCACAGAGUCUGCAUGCCAAGGGAGCCGAGAUAGAAGUGGAUGAAAAUGGCACAUUGGACUUAAGCAUGAAAAAAUCUCGAAUCCUGGACAAGUCUGCACCUCUAACUUCCUCUAACCCUACCAUUCCAACACCUUCCUCUUCCCCAUUCAAGACAAGCAGCAUUCUGGUCAAUGCAGCAUUCUAUCAGGCUCUCUGUGACCAAGAGGGCUGGGACACUCCUAUCAACUAUAGCAAAACCCAUGGGAAGACAGAGGAGGAAAAAGAGAAAGACCCAGUGAACUCUCUAGAAAAUUUAGAGGAAAAAAAAUUUCCUGGAGAGGCCUCUAUACCAAGCCCUAAACCCAAACUUCAUGCAAGAGAUCUCAAAAAAGAACUCAUCACUUGUCCAACACCAGGGUGCGAUGGCAGUGGCCAUGUCACAGGGAACUAUGCAUCUCACCGAAGUGUCUCUGGAUGUCCUUUAGCAGAUAAGACGCUUAAGUCCCUAAUGGCUGCCAAUUCUCAGGAGCUAAAAUGUCCAACCCCAGGUUGUGAUGGUUCUGGACAUGUGACUGGAAACUAUGCUUCCCACAGAAGCUUGUCUGGCUGCCCACGAGCAAGGAAAGGCGGCGUCAAAAUGACUCCUACCAAGGAAGAAAAAGAGGACCCAGAGCUUAAAUGCCCUGUAGUAGGAUGUGAUGGCCAAGGUCACAUAUCAGGUAAAUACACGUCACAUCGAACAGCUUCCGGCUGUCCUCUGGCUGCCAAGAGACAGAAAGAGAAUCCUCUCAAUGGGACCCCUCUGUCCUGGAAACUGAACAAACAAGAAUUACCCCAUUGUCCCUUGCCUGGCUGCAAUGGGCUAGGACAUGUAAAUAAUGUUUUUGUCACCCACAGAAGCUUAUCUGGAUGUCCUCUCAAUGCACAAGCUAUCAAAAAGGGCAAAGUCUCUGAAGAACUCAUGACCAUCAAGCUCAAAGCCACCGGCGGUAUAGAAGGUGAUGAAGAAAUCAGGCAUUUGGAUGAAGAAAUAAAGGAAUUAAAUGAAUCCAACCUUAAAAUCGAAGCAGAUAUGAUGAAACUUCAAACUCAGAUCACCUCUAUGGAGAGCAACUUGAAGACGAUUGAAGAGGAGAACAAACUCAUCGAGCAGAACAACGAGAGUUUGCUGAAGGAGCUGGCGGGGCUGAGCCAGGCUCUCAUUUCAAGUCUCGCUGACAUCCAGCUGCCACAGAUGGGACCUAUCAGUGAGCAGAAUUUUGAAGCAUAUGUAAAUACGCUCACAGACAUGUACAGCAAUCUGGAACGGGACUAUUCCCCGGAAUGCAAAGCUCUUCUGGAAAGUAUCAAGCAGGCAGUGAAGGGUAUCCAUGUGUAGGACCACCACACUGUGGGCAAGCGAAAUUCUAACCACAGUGAACUCCACGUGGUGUGCAAGGGGCUCACUACUGCCAAGCAUGGAGUUGUCCUCCUGCAUUUCCAGCUGCAACAUUGCACUAAUUUCCCCCCAGCUGACAUAAAAAGGAAAGAAAAACUAUG